AUGGCAUUUCACCGGCGGCGCAACCACUAUUACAACCGUUUCCGGUCUGUUCUUCCUUUGAUAUCCGCUAUUUCUGGAGUUCUUCUCAUUCUAUUUGGUCUUCUCUCAUUUCUCGCUCCUACUCCGAUUGAUACUAAUCAUCCCCAUCAUGAGACCUUGUUGUACUCUACAAAUGAUGCUGUUGAAGAUACGAUCGGAGAACCUGUUCUUCACAUACCAAAAAAAGGGAGGAAGGAUCGUGAUAUUUGGAGCUCGAGAAAUGCGAAAUAUUACUAUGGAUGCAGUAAUGCUAGCAGCAAGUUUGCUAAUGCUGAUGCUGUUACACGACCCAGUCGGUACUUGUUGAUUGCUACCAGUGGAGGCUUAAAUCAGCAAAGGACUGGGAUUACAGAUGCUGUUGUUGCUGCUCGUAUUUUGAAUGCUACUCUUGUUGUUCCAAAGCUAGACCAGAACUCUUUUUGGAAAGAUUCAAGUGAUUUUUCAGAGAUUUUUGAUGUUGAUUGGUAUAUUUCUUCUCUGGCAAAUGAUGUCAAAAUCAUUAAAUCCCUCCCAAGAAGGGGAGGGAAAACUUGGAUUCCACAUAGGAUGCGUGUUCCAAGGAAGUGUAGUGAGAGAUGUUAUCAAAAUCGUGUAUUACCUGUUCUCUUAAAAAGGCAUGCAAUUCAGCUCACAAAGUUUGAUUACAGACUCGCAAAUAAGUUGGAUACACAAUUGCAAAAGUUGAGAUGUAGAGUCAACUACCAUGCUUUAAAGUUUACUGAUCCUAUUCUUCAAAAGGGUGAGAAAUUGGUCCAUCAAAUGAGGAUGAAAAGCAAGCAUUUCAUUGCCUUGCACCUGAGGUUUGAACCUGAUAUGCUGGCAUUCUCUGGAUGCUAUUACGGUGGAGGAGACAGGGAAAGGAAGGAACUUGGUGCCAUAAGGAAGAGGUGGAAAACUUUACACGCAAACAACCCUGAUAAGGAAAGGAGGCAUGGAAAAUGCCCACUAACUCCAAAAGAAGUUGGUCUUAUGUUGCGAGCACUGGGUUAUGGCAGUGACGUUCAUAUUUAUGUGGCAUCCGGAGAAGUGUAUGGAGGGGAAGAGACAUUGGCACCCUUAAAAGAACUCUUCCCAAACUUCUAUACAAAGGAGACUUUAGCCAGCAAGGAGGAACUGGAACCAUUUUCUUCAUUUUCUUCAAGGAUGGCUGCACUUGACUUCAUUGUUUGCGAUGAAAGUGAUGUAUUUGUUACUAACAACAAUGGUAAUAUGGCUAGAAUUUUAGCAGGACGAAGGAGAUAUUUUGGACACAAACCCACCAUUCGUCCAAAUGCUAAAAGGCUUUAUAGACUGUUCUUGAACCAAACUACCAUUUCAUGGGAAGCAUUUGCCUCUAAAGUGCGUACUGCUCAGAGGGGCUUCAUGGGGGAGCCAAAGGAAGUCAGGCCAGGCAGGGGAGAGUUUCAUGAGAACCCACACACCUGCAUUUGUGAAGAUAAUAAAGCCAAGGCAAAGAAAAAUUCAGGACCUAGAAAAUAUGGGAAGGGGUAUGAUGCACUGGGAGAUGAUGUACCAAGUGACUAUCAGAACAUUGACGAUGAGCCAGAAUUGCCUGAUCCUGAUGAUGAUGGAUACCAAGAUGGUCCUCAAGAGAAAGGUCAGUUCAAUGAAACAGGUAUGGAUUAUGAUGGAUUCACCAAUGAAGAACCUGAGUUGGAAGAAAUUCUUUCAGACUAG